AUGCUCCGGUUGCUGAGUUCCCUUCUGCUUGUGGCCCUUGCCUCAGGCUGUGGCCAGCGUGCCUACAACCCCUCCAGCCGUGUUGUCAAUGGUGAAGAUGCUGUUCCUUACAGCUGGCCCUGGCAGGUCUCCCUUCAGUAUGAGAAGGACGGGAGCUUCCACCACACCUGUGGUGGCACCCUUAUUGCUCCUGACUGGGUUAUGACUGCAGGUCACUGCAUCUCGAGUUCUUUAACCUACCAAGUGGUACUGGGCGAGUACGAUCGGGCCGUGAAAGAGGGUCCAGAGCAGGUGAUCCCCAUCAACGCUGAAGACCUCUUUGUGCACCCCAAGUGGAACCCCAAGUGUGUGAGCUGUGGCAAUGACAUCGCCCUGGUCAAGCUCUCAAGAAGCGCCCAGCUAGGAGACACAGUCCAGGUUGCCUGCCUCCCUCCUGCUGGUGACAUCCUCCCCAACGGAGCACCCUGCUACAUUAGUGGCUGGGGCCGUCUUUCCACCAAAGGGCCUCUCCCUGACAAGCUGCAGCAGGCCCUGCUGCCCGUGGUGGACUAUGCACACUGCUCCAAGUGGGACUGGUGGGGCUUCUCCGUGUCAAGGACUAUGGUGUGUGCUGGCGGGGAUAUCCGGUCUGGCUGCAACGGAGACUCUGGAGGACCCCUCAACUGUCCCACUGAGAAUGGCACCUGGCAGGUCCAUGGUGUGACCAGCUUCGUUUCUUCCUUGGGCUGCAACACCAAGAAGAAGCCCACGGUGUUCACCCGUGUCUCAGCCUUCAAUGACUGGAUCCAGGAGACCAUAGCAAACAACUAG